ACAAUACUCAUUACGUAAUCAAUCGAUAUAGGUCUGUUUGAUCUAGGCCUUCGUCUGUACAGUUCUCCUCGACGGCAGCCACUGCUAUUUGCUUUUCACCGUUUCCACAACACACCCCCGGGGGAAAGAGUUCUGGUAAAAGAAUCAUGUAACAAGAUGAUGACCAUCGGUGGAGGUGCUACUUCAGGAGUUGUCUGGGCAACGGGAUAUCAUUAAAACUACUAUUGAGCAGCCAUACAAGGAUCAUUAUUUGGAGUUAAACGCAUCAUACCGAAGUGAAUGAAACACAAAGCUGUAUAUGCUGGGUACUAAAAGAAAUUUGGCAGACAUUGCACUCUGAACAUCAAAAUUCUGACGAAAUAAAUCUGGAAUUCUCAAUGGAAAUUGAGAAGGUACAAAAAGUGUGAAAAACUUUGAAGGACAAUUGCUCAUAUAGCAACACAUUACAUCUCAAGUGGGAGCCAAAAUUUUCAACGAACGACUAGCUGAUUUCUUAAUCAGCCAUGGGAUGUUGCAGCAGCGGCCCUAAGAAUACUGGUGCAAACAAUUUUUAUGAAGACGGCGACGUACCAACGCCACAAGCUGAAGAAGAAAAGCCGCCGAGUCCCCCGCCACCAAUGCGAAGCGCAUCUAGGGCGAAUUUAUUCCACAGUGACGGGGACGAAGUCAAAGAGAACACUUCCUGUUGGGGAACUUCAUCAAAACCCAAACCCACAAAACCUUCGAAAAGAACUACCACUGAGGCAAAGAAGAAGGGUACCACCAAGGUAACCAAGAGUGCCAAGAAUACAAGGAGGCCGGAUGCAAGGGAGGAACAGGACGGCGGGAAUCAGCGUGGCAACCAAAGAUUAAAUCAGGUUGCACCCGAUGCAAUGUCGUUCUACCAAGACCCGAGAAGAAUCGAGAAUGCCUCGAGUCGGAAGAAGACUACGCAGAGAGCCCCGAACGAGGCCUCGUACGACACGAAGUCGGUGUCUUCAGCAGAAUCGGAAGAUGACGGGAAGGCCAGACGGAAAAAGAGCACGUCAUGCUUUGCAGGCUUUUCUCGCAAGCAGACAGUAGCGAGUAAUUUCCACAACCAAUGAUACUCUAAAUCUGCCUUGAUGAAUUAGGCGCAGGGAAGCGAUGACUCACCCAGUAGAAAGAAGGUCCUGGGUUCGAAACCAGGUACACACGCCAAGUAAGUAGGGACUUUUAGA